AUGUGGACAUUCUCAGUGUUGGUACUACCUCUUCUAGUUCAGCUGCAAUUAAACGAGACUUUAGUAAAACUGGAGGAGGAGCGACCCUUUAGAACACUUUUAAUACUCAAACACAGCCAGAAUAGAGAAAAUUUUGAGACGAUACCCUUAAAAAGUGGUCAUCCCGUUUUAAGGAUAUCCGAGCAAGACAAGUACCCGCUGACUUUUAUCUAUAACAACGAAAUGGUCGCUCUGAUUUACAUAAAUCGAAACAUGGUCAGAAAUAUUGAAUUGUGGCUGGCCCUGGAUAAGAGUCUGCAUAAUAUGAGACAUGUACGAUUGAUGUUCAUUAUACAGGAGCAAAAGCAACUUGAAUUCAUUGCCCAAAUGGCUGAGGAAAUGAAAUUUCUGCACGUGGUUGCCAUACUGGGAAAAACCAUUUACAGGCUGAAACCUUUCUGUGUCCAGAAUAGGUGGCAACUAGUUCGUGACGGCUUCAUUUAUACGAAAGUGAAUGAUUAUCAGGGUAAUUUGUUGCUAACUUUGCCCGAUCAGUUUCCACCACGUUCGCUGGUCUACUAUGACAAAGAGCGGCGACAUCUUCAGGCCACUGGCUAUGUGACGAAACUGAUAGAGGAAUUCGUGAGGCGUUACAAUAUAACAAUGCGCUGGGAACGUUCCAUACAGCCUGGCCGGCAAUUAUCAUUGAUUCUCUUGCGGAACAUGACUUUGAAUCAAACGAUAUGUUUGCCUUUAAGUCUAUGUGGCUAUGAGGCACCCAGCGAGAUGGGAGUUUUCUCGUAUCCCUACGAUUUUUCCAAAUGGUUCAUCAUGGUGCCAUGUGCCCAGGAAAUACCCACCGCUGAAGUGUACAUUGUGAUCUGUAGCCUAAAGCUUCUAGCAGUUCUGAUUGGUUGCUAUUUUAUAUUCGCCUUGUUGGACAGUUGCUUUGGCUGGUUGUUGCUGGGGAAGAAAUUCAACUGGAGCAGUAAUCUGUGGUUUAACGAACGUUUAAUUGCCGGCAUGAUAGGACAAUCGUUUAAACUGAAUGCCCACAAUAUGCUUAGCUCUAGGGUGACUCAUGCCCUGCUUUUUCUUCUGGGCCUCGUGAUAAGCACCCUGUAUGCUGCCCACCUGAAGACAUUGCUAACUAAGAGACCGUCACAGCGGGAGAUUGCCACAUUUCAGGAUCUAAGAGAUCGUCACGAUGUCAGCAUCUAUUUCGAUGAAGCUGAACGCUUCUACCUCAAUAUGUUUGAUGGUGCUCGUCCCAUGGAUACUAUACGUUCACGCAUUAACUAUCGCCAGACUAAAGAGUUUCUGGCCCUGCGAAAUCGAUUGAAUAGAAGUCGAGCCUUCUCCACCUCGGCCGGUGAGUGGCUGAUAACGGCCAAACGUCAGGAAUUGUUAGAGAAGCCAUUUCACUGCUCCCACACAGGCUUGAUCAUCGGUAAUUUCAUAUUGUUAUCCGUGCCGAUGCAAGCAAACUCCAUAUACGAGCGACCAUUGAAUCGUCUUAUACACAGGGUGCACACCACAGGACUUUUGGGCCACUGGAAACAGCAAACUCUUCGAAAAAUGACAGAGCUGGGCGAGAUCAGUCUUAAAGAUCCAUUCCACUACAAAAAGUUCCAUGAGUUCAAAGUGGCCGACUUGGCUUGGGUGGGCCUAUGCCUAAUGACGGGUCUAAUGCUCGGAAUAAUCACAUUUGUAAUUGAAAUACUGUUUGCUCGACGAUCCUAA